GUGGCAGGAUGCUUUCAAAGGAGAAACUUAGGGACUGUUUGUUUCAGCCUCUUAAUGGUUCAAAUGUGUGAAUGAUUCAGCACUUAAUGGUUCAGACUGUUUGUUUCAGCCUCUUAAUGGUUCAGAUGUCUGAAUGGUUAAGAGAUUUGCCUCUGAAUGGUUAAGUAUUAUACAGAGUCUGAAUGGUUAAGACCUCUUAUCUGAAUUGAUCAGACAUUUGCCUCUGAAUAGUUAAGCAAUAUACUAGCUCUUAAUGGUUCAGACCUCUUACUGCGGCUCAUCUCCAUCACUAUUCGUAGCAAGCCAGCCCGGCCCGCCGUCUCCAAGUCCAACAGUCAACAGAUCUUCUCCCCGCGCCGAUUAUUUCCCGGUCGUCAUCUCCUUCUUAGAUGGCUUCUUCUCUCGCAUUCCGAUCACAUCAUCGCAUCUUCUCAUCUAUCACAUUACGCCGGCCAGAAACCAAUUUCUCCUCCGGAAAUCACAAUGGUUCCCUGGAUUCAACCCACAAAUCACGGCGGAUUCCAUCCGGAUUCGCGAUGAAUUUGGCCCGUACCUAGCAGCAUCGGAUACUCUGUCCUUCUACAGAAAUGAGUGGAAAUCAGGCUUGAAGUUCAUUUUUCCUGUUUCAUUUACAAGGGAGGGAAGCCAUGGAAAACUGUGAAGCUCUUCAAGGAAAUAAAUACAAAAGGGAUUGAACUGAGUUUUGAACCAAACGUGACAACAUAAUUAUAAAGCUUGUGUGAAAAUAUAUGAGGGUUGAGGAUGCACACAAGGUGUUCGAUGGAAUCUGAGUUUUGAGCCGAAUGCAAUUUCUUCAGAUGUCUUGAAAAGCCAAGCGAGGUUGGAUACAUGUGUGAUGCUAAUGAAUUAAGCAGAUCACAUAAGAAGAUCACAUAAGCAUCUCCGUUUUCAGUUCCAUCUGUCCAUGGCCGCUAGCCGAUGGUCCGCAGACACACUACAGAGGCUAAUCCAUCCAAGUCAAGACCGAGGUUCAAAAUUGAUGAUGAAUGGG